UUCCUACUCGUCUGAUGUUGCUGGGCCUGCUGUGUUCAUCCAGCUCUACACCUUGCUAUCUCGGAUUCUCCAGCAUCUGCAGUUCCCACUAUCUCUGAAUCAAAUCUGCCCGUAUUCUCUUGACCUUGAGAGUGCAGUUAAAGGUGUGGACACACCUUCCCACGGGAUCCAGUGAGAAAAGAUCACGCCCGCAUCCAACAUCCGACGUGAAUGCCUGUCACGUACAUAUUCACCUUGAUCUUGGGAUUCCUUCUAUUCUCAAACCUCUACCUUGAUCCAACUCCGAUCAACCCGCUGGAAUUUGGCUUAAUGCAAUAACCGAGCAGGUUCGAUCUCGGGAUAAGAUCCAACUUUUCCAUUUUGAAACGGUGUUCUCAAAAGUUGCUAGGCGGGAUAAAACGAAAACAGAGAUCAAGUUUUGACAACUGAAACUUUUUUGGAUAUAUAUUUAAUUCAAUGAGGAUCUUUAAUCUGAAUACCUAUUCGUUUGUGUUGCAGGCGGGGGAAGUGCACAAAGUGUAUGUAAAGCCGAAUAACUUGGAGCUCACAGAGCAAUGUUCGGAGCGCACUAACAUCACUGUGGAGGAGCUGACCACGGCAGAAAGUCUGGAACAAGCCCUUCAACAGUUCAAUCGAUCUGUGAGCACUGAGUUGAAUAUCGGAGUGGGCACUUCCUUCUGCCUUUGUACAGAUAGCCAACUACUAAUUCGUCAAGUCUUCCACCCUGAAGCUUCCAACAAGAAUGUCGUGUUGCCAGAAUGCUUCUAUUCUUUCUUCGAUCUGCAAAAAGAGUUUAAGAAAUGCUGCCCAGAUGCGCCAGCUCUGCAGGAGCUCGAUCUCCGUGCUAUGUCCAAAUAUCUACACCUUGAAGAUAGAUCGGACUCCUUCCAGUUUGGUGUUUCAGAUAUUAUGACUUCAAGUGACAUUAUAUUAACCAUUGUAGCUGAACCCCACAAUCACAGGUUUAUCAAUCCAGAAAGAGUGAAUCACAAAUUUGAAACAGGCACUUGCAGCAAGAUGGAGAUCAUUGAUGACAAUACAGUAGUCAGAGCAAGGGGGUUACCCUGGCAGUCAUCUGACCAAGAUAUUGCCCGAUUCUUCAGGGGUCUGAACAUAACCAAGGGUGGUGCCGCAUUGUGCCUAAAUUCACAGGGAAGACGAAAUGGAGAAGCUCUUGUAAGAUUUGUUAACGGUGAACACCGAGACCUGGCAUUGCAAAGACACAAGCAUCAUAUGGGAAACAGAUAUAUUGAGGUAUACAAGGCAACGGGGGAAGAUUUUCUGAAAAUUGCAGGAGGUACCUCCAAUGAAGUCGCACAGUUCUUAUCAAAAGAAAAUCAGGUUAUUAUUCGUAUGCGUGGUCUUCCAUUCACAGCCACAGCAGAAGUCGUCUUGACAUUUUUCGGAUCAAACUGCCCAAUAACAGGUGGAAAAGAGGGAAUUCUUUUUGUCAAAUACCCUGAUGAGAGACCAACGGGUGAUGCUUUUGUAUUGUUUGCCUGCGAGGAGUAUGCCCAAAAUGCUCUCAAGAAACACAAGGAUAUCUUGGGCAAGCGGUACAUUGAACUGUUCAGAAGUACAGCAGCUGAAGUACAACAGGUCUUUAACAGGUAUACUUCCACUCCUCUCAUGUCCAUACCUACUGCUCCAAUCAUUCCUAUGAUCCCCCAGCCAUUUGUGCCAUCUACUAAUCUGCGUGACUGUAUUCGUCUACGAGGCUUACCUUACACAGCUACUAUUGAGGACAUUCUACAGUUCCUGGGUGAAUUUACUUCUGACAUACGACCUCAUGGAGUGCACAUGGUGUUAAAUCAGCAGGGUCGUCCUUCAGGUGAUGCCUUUAUCCAAAUGAAAUCGUCAGAGCGAGCAUUCCUGACUUCUCAGAAGUGUCACAAAAGAACGAUGAAGGACAGAUAUGUUGAAGUAUUCCAGUGUUCAGCUGAGGAAAUGAACUUUGUGUUAAUGGGUGGCAUUUUAAAUCGAAAUGGGUUGUCCCCACCGCCAUGUAAGUUACCAUGCUUGUCACCAUCAACAUACAAUGCAUUUACAACACAGGCAACUGUCAUUUCAGCUGAAUCUGCAGCUGUCUAUCAGCAACCUGUGUUCAUCAGUCCACGAGCUCUUCCACCUUCUACAGCAUUCUACCCAGCUGGUGCCCAGUUCUAUGUGAACUGUUCUGCAUUCUAUCCAAGUCCUCCUGGUUCCCCAACCAACAUUGGCUAUUUCCCUUCACCUGCUGCCACUUUGCCAACCCAGCAUGGCACCAUUGUCAGGAUGCAAGGACUAGCUUACAACACUGGAGUCAAGGAAAUCCUUAACUUCUUCCAGGGCUAUCAGAUUCCCCCUGAGUCCGUGCUGAUCAUGCCCAACUUGUAUGGACCAUCUGGCGAUGCUUUUGUGAUAUUCCCAUCACUAGAGGCUGCCAAGCAAGCUGUGGUAGAGAAGAACCACCAACACAUUGGUAGUCGUUAUGUAGAUCUUUAUGUGUUGUAAAAUAUAUGAUACACUCAAUGUGAAAACAUAGGUCACAAGCAUGCAAAACAAAUAACAUUUAUAACAAAAAUUCAGAAUGAAGAUGCCUCUUAAGAUAAAUUUUUAUACCAACAAAAUUAGAGUAGUGCCAUGUUCAUUCUACGUUAGAGGAUAAGUGAAGUUGGACAUUGAAAGAAUUCAUAAUAUCUCCAAAUAAUGAUUUGGUUUAGUUAGCACAACCAGCAAGGCUAAGGCUUUUAAUGAAUAUUAAAACUUAGAUGCCAUUGUGACACAUAAACACACAAAUCCACGUCAAACAGUUUUAUUGUGGAUGAUGUUUAUAACAAUGAUCCAAACUGACCUUUAUUAUUGUGCAACAUGUAUUGAGCACAUCCGUAUCAGACAUUAUUGUAACACCUCAGUACAGGCCACUUCCAAAUGAAACAAUAUUAUGCUUGUGCAGAGCAUUUCCUCACUAACCAUUACCAUAUUCUGCAGGGCUUUUGCAUGUCACUUAUUGUAGCUAUUUUAAGGGAGGUGCGCUGUGCACUAAUUACACAGCUGUACAAGAAUCCUCCACGCCAAUCACUACCGAGGCUUGCUGGUAAAGAUCAGUAUACUUAGUGUAACACACACAUAUAUAUAUAUAGGGAAUUUCCAUAUCACUAACACAAAAAACUUGAUAGGCAUGUCUAUGUUCUUGUUACAAUAAAGCAUCUGAACAGCACUCAUCCAUGCCAAAUCUUAAUACAAUGGAUAUGUACAGAACAUUCUACUUUGAUAAAUGCUUCCAUACUUCUUUGGAAGCCUCCACAAUGUCUCUGUAUCACACCUGUACUCAGGAUCUUCCCUAUCACUUGCUAUUGUAACAAAUUUUAAAAAGGCUCAUUUAUUAAAAUCAUUAAUGUAACAUAACAUAAAAGAUUCUUUGACUCCACUAGUACAGAUACAGGAUGCUUCCCAGAUAUGAGUGUGGAAUGGAUGACAUUAUUGGACGUUGCUUCAGCUUUAUUCAAAUGCAAAUACAAGCCUCAUAUCUGCCAACUGUUGCUCUGACAGCACAAUUCCAUGCCAAUAUCCUGCUGCAGUUGGAAGUUUAUUUAUUCUGCUAUUUAACAUUUAGGAGAUUUAGUCUGUGAACAAUCACUUUCUUUUCUAAGUAUCGUAUUGUAUCUUUUAAGUUAAAUGAAAGUCACAAAUAUAAAUUUUAUAUGUAUAAAUGGUUUACAGACAUAGUUAAGUGCUGUUAAAACUGUGUGCCUGUUAAAAUAAUCAAUAUGAAGUACUGACUAAAAACGCUCCAAUAUGUAUUUUGUUUAACCUUGGAACAAAAUGGCCAAAAUUAUAUAUACUAACACUUACAUUUUUCUGAAUGGAAUUUUAUCCUAGUUACAUUCAAAUCUGAAUAUUAGUGUCAGUACAGACAAACAAAUGAAAAGGCCAAAGACAUAGAUAGUGUUAAAGCAUAAUUGUUUGGUAGUGCAAAGCUUAAACCUUGCUAGAAAGGAACAUAAAGCCAAAAACCUUUGACCUUGUUCUCAUCAGGACUGGAAUGUGAGAAACCAAUUUUUUGAAAAGUAAUAUCAAUUUAUACAGCACAAACAACAAUAUACAUAGGUGCUGAUUGGCUAGCAUGGAAUGUGGGUGGAUCAGUUAAAUUUGUUUAGUUCACUGAUUAACCACAGAUUAGGCAGGUAGACUCUAAUUAGACAGUCCCUAUAACAAUUCCAUAGUGAAAAAGAUGCAACUCUGGCCAUGGGCACCCGCAUGGGCCCCAGCUAUGCCUGCCUCUUUGUAGGUUACGUGGAACAGUCCCUCUUCCGCACCUACACAGGCCCUAAACCCCACCUCUUCCUCCAGUACAUUGAUGACUGUAUCGGCGCCGCCUCUUGCUCCCCAGAGGAGCUCGAACAGUUCAUCCACUUCACCAACACCUUCCACCCCAACUUUCAGUUCACCUGGGCCAUCUCCAGCACAUCCCUCACCUUCCUGGACCUCUCAGUCUCCAUCUCAGGCAACCAGCUUGUAACUGAUGUCCAUUUCAAGCCCACCGACUCCCACAGCUACCUAGAAUACACCUCCUCCCACCCACCCUCCUGCAAAAAUUCCAUCCCCUAUUCCCAAUUCCUCCGCCUCCGCCGCAUCUGCUCCCACGAUAAGACAUUCCACUCCCGCACAUCCCAGAUGUCCAAGUUCUUUAAGGACCGCAACUUUCCCCCCCACAGUGAUCGAGAAUGUCCUUGACCGCGUCUCCCGUAUUUCCCGCAACACAUCCCUUACACCCUGCCCCCGCCACAACCGCCCUUAGAGGAUCCCCCUCGUUCUCUCACACCACCCUACCAACCUCCGGAUAAAACGCAUCAUCCUCCGACACUUUCGCCAUUUACAAUCCGACCCCACCACCCAAGACGUUUUUCCAUCCCCACCCCUGUCUGCUUUCCGGAGAGACCACUCUCUCUGUGACUCCCUUGUUCGCUCCACACUGCCCUCCAACCCCACCACACCCGGCACCUUCCCCUGCAACCGCAGGAAAUGCUACACUUGCCCCCACACCUCCUCCCUCACCCCUAUCCCAGGCCCCAAGAUGACAUUCCACAUUAAGCAGAGGUUCACCUGCACAUCCGCCAAUGUGGUAUACUGCAUCCAUUGUACCCGGUGCGGCUUCCUCUACAUUGGGGAAACCAAGCGGAGGCUUGGAGACCGCUUUGCAGAACACCUCCGCUCAGUUCGCAACAAACAACUGCACCUCCCAGUCGCAAACCAUUUCCAUUUCCACUCCCCCUCCCAUUCUCUAGAUGACAUGUCCAUCAUGGGCCUCCUGCACUGCCACAAUGAUGCCACCCGAAGGUUGCAGGAACAGCAACUCAUAUUCCGCCUGGGAACCCUGCAGCCUAAUGGUAUCAAUGUGGACUUCACCAGUUUCAAAAUCUCCUCUUCCCCUACUGCAUCCCUAAACCAGCCCAGCUCUCCCCCCACCCCCCCCACCCCCCGCCACUGCAUCCCAAAACCAGUCCAACCUGUCUCUGCCUCCCUAACCGGUUCUUCCUCUCACCCAUCCCUUCCUCCCACCCCAAGCUGCACCCCCAUCUAUCUACUAACCUCAUCCCACCUCCUUGACCUGUCGUCUUCCCUGGACUGACCUAUCCCCUCCCUAACUCCCCACCUCCCCACCUAUACUCUCUCCACCUAUCUUCUUUACUCUCCAUCUUCGGUCCGCCUCCCCCUCUCUCCCUAUUUAUUCCAGUUCCCUCUCCCCAUCCCCCUCUCUGAUGAAGGGUCUUGGCCCGAAACGUCAGCUUUUGUGCUCCUGAGAUGCUGCUUGGCCUGCUGUGUUCAUCCAGCCUCACAUUUUAUUAUCUUGCAACUCUGAGCCGGCUGGCCAUAGCCGGUGUACUGUGCACAAGUAAAUGAAGGGUGUCUUGGUAACAGGAUACUGACCUUUAUUUCACCACUUCAUGCCAGACAUAAUCCCAAACUAAACUAGUCCCACAGAUAGUAGGAACUGCAGAUGCUGGAGAGUCUGAGAUAACAAGGAAAGCUUUCCUGCUCCUCCUGAUGCUACUUGGCCUGCUGUGUUCAUCAAGCUCUACACCUUGUAAUCUGAAACUAGUCCCACUGCCUACUCCUGACCUAUACCCCUCCAAGCCUUUCCUAUCCUUGUACUUACUCAAAAUAAGGGAUCCAACAGUUGUAGGUCAUCUCUUUAGCCAUCUUUGUUUCCUUUUCAUCUCUCUCACUCUUGUUGCCAUUGUUUGAUUUAUACUCUUUUUUUCUUGGCCUAUCCCACUUUUUCCCUUCUGUAAUAGUAUACUGGUGUCACACAGCUAAGAAGGAAAAAGAAGAAAAAAAUGAAAAAGAUGCAAUGUAGGCACUAAUUCCUUUUACCUGCACAGAACAGGGUGAAGGUAUUUAGCUUCUUUUAAAUGCAAGUUAAAUGCACUGCAAGGUCAACUGAUAAUCUUAAAUUCAUUCCAGGAGUGGGUUCAGCCAAUUAGCACUCUCAACACAUAGUGUAUAAAUUGAUGCACUAAUUUUAAGGUGUCCCAGUCCUGAUGAGUGCGACAUGAGAUGCUUUGCCUUGAUGUAUUUUUUUUAGCAAAUGCUGCAAAAUGUAUAGGCACGAUUCGAUUAUCAAUUACUAGGCUUUAACUAUUGAAUAUUACACUUAAAAUAUUGUCAACAAAAUAUUACCAAUUUGAUAGUAGGCGAUUACUUUGGUAUAAAAUAUUAGAGACAAAUGUCUAUGAGCACUAAAAUGCUGAAUAAAUAUUUUAAUAUGGCAACAGUUAGCUCAAGGAGUGCAAUACUUCAGGACAAAUCUGUGAGUUACAAUAUGUUCAACUAGUAUCCUAAUAUUUGAUUCUAUGAAAUGUCAAAGGAAUGAUUUUUAAAGAAAUACUGUAAAUGCGUACAAUUAUAUAUUUGUCAGUACAUUUGUAUAUUAA